AAUUGAAGGAUGUGGAAUCGCGAUACCGCGAUACACCUAUUCGCCGGAGGAGUGGCUGGGGGGGCCGGGGGCCUAGUCACAUGUCCCCUGGAGGUGGUUAAAACACGUCUUCAGUCCUCUUCUUCUGGUUUCUAUCCGCCUCCAAUGAACAAGGAGUUCACUUCAGGUCAUGUCACGUGCAAGAGCUUUCCGAAACCGGAACAGAGGCGGAGGUUGUGCACUGGAGGCUACACAAGGCAUGCUCUGGUCGCCUUGUCCCAUUUCGGUUCGUCCACGCCGCCUGGGGGCUCUCCCCAUAGUCACUCCGCACCUGGUGUAUACCAGUGCAUCAGGUACAUCGUCCAAAACGAGGGAAUCCGUGCCCUGUUCAAAGGCCUGGGCCCAAACCUCGUAGGAGUCGCCCCGUCAAGAGCAAUCUAUUUCUGCACCUACUCGAAAAGCAAAAUCGCAUUCAAUACGAUCCUCACACCGGACUCUGCAUUCGUUCACAUGUACUCCGCGUUCUGCGCCGGUUUCGUGGCAUGCACGUUGACAAAUCCUAUUUGGUUCGUGAAGACCAGGCUGCAGCUGGACCAUCGAACGAACAGAAUCACCGCGAUGGAGUGCGUGCGGAGGAUAUAUCGCCAAUCGGGUAUCCUGGGAUUCUACAAGGGCAUUAUGGCCUCCUACAUAGGAAUAAGCGAGACUGUGAUACACUUCAUGAUCUACGAGGCGGUAAAGACCUUCCUGGCGUCAUACAGGACCAGCAACGAUCGCAAAACGCUGCGCGAUUUCAUAGAGUUCAUGGCAGCUGCCUCGAUCUCCAAAACUAUCGCCUCCAUCAUCGCUUACCCCCAUGAGGUGGCAAGAACAAGGCUCAGAGAGGAAGGUACCAAAUAUCAAACCUUCUUCCAGACAGUGAAGACAGUCUAUAAUGAAGAGAAACUUCAUGGUUUGUAUCGUGGCCUGUAUACACAUCUGAUCAGACAGAUCCCCAACACAGCCAUUAUAAUGGCUACAUAUGAGGCAGUGGUGUACCUGCUGAGCAGGCAUUUUCAUGAGCAUUCGUUGAGUAUAAACAAGACCAGCAGUUCUCAGUUCUACACAGAGACGAAGGGUAAACGGGAGCUGGCCUAGGAUUUGCUCACGGCCCCUGACUAAAGGGCCAAUAGCUCGUAACGGGCCCUCUGAAGCAGCUGGUGCAUCCAAAAUAAAUAACACCGUCCAGACGCCAUGUUGGAGCCUGGAACUUGCCAGCCAGGCCCGUUUUACGUGUGGAAGGUAGCAAAAGGUAUCACAGCGCCUCGCUGUGUACUCUGUAAGCGUAGCAAAAAGUAGUCCUUCCUCCUUUCAGGUGUAACAUAUGUCUGUCUCUCUGUGUGUACCUACAUCGACUCACACACAUGCGCGCGCGCAAGAAGAAUUGGGAAGAUGAAAACAAAGCUGAUGAUGCUCAGAGUACGACGUACUGUUCACUUUUUAGUGGCGAAAGUGAGGUUACGUCUUAAUA